AAUGUGUGCGUUCGUACUGUUGCUUAGAUGUGCGUAAAAGUGCGAAAGAGGCACACAUUAGAAAUAGAAGAAGGAUCUGAGAAAGUUUAAUCUCUGUGAUGCAGUGGCUUUUUGGCUGCAGCUAGCGAAAAGCGAAUCAUCAAUACUAAGAUUUAAUCUUCUCAGUUAGUUGUUGUUGAUGUUGUUGUUGCUGGCUUAAUGCGCUGUUAGGAAUCUCUUAUUCAACCGUACCGUAUAUCCGUUCCACUGCUCCUGCUGCUGCUGCUGCUGCUCUAGCCAGUCAGUGUUCAGUGUUUCACAUGGUUCACGCUUUACCUAGGGGCAACAAACAUCAUCAACACGAUGGAUGAGGAGGAAAUCCCGUUCCUGUCCGGGUUUCUGACCAUCAAGUCGCAGAGUGGAUCUCCGUGGCGUGUUACGAAAAAGACUUCGCAGGUGAAAUAUUGUCAGCUAUUCAAAGCGAGCCGACACGGUAUCGAGCGGCUUGAGAUCAGCGACACAGAAAACGACAAAACGCGACGGAUCGUAACGCUGGAAAACUGUGUGAAGAUAACGCUAGAUCAACCGCCACAGAACACAAUCAACAUCGUCUCGAAGAAGGGUCAACUCCAGCUGUACUCGCCGGAUGAAACGCUCGUCCGCCAGUGGACGAACGCGCUGCAGAUCGUGGCAUUCAAGGACAAAUCCAAUCAAACGCCUCCACCACCACGGCUAAACACCAUCGAGGAGGAUAACGAUCUGUACUGCUCGUCGUACAGCGAGGGCAUCUACACGGUCACGCUCAUACCGACCGAUGCGUCCAACAAGAAUGGGAUCGAGCCGAAAAUGUACACGCUCGAGCUCGGCCAGAUGGAUAUGCGGCUGAAGUGUUACGAGGACGAGAGCGUAACGGUGGCGCUGUGGCCGUACCGCUACAUACGGAAGUAUGGGUACCGGGAGGGUAAGUUUACGUUCGAGGCGGGUCGGAAGUGUAACACGGGCGAAGGUACGUUCAAGCUGGACAAUGCCAGCCCGCAGGACAUCUUUCGCUGCAUGCUGACGAAGAUGAAGUCGAUGAAGAAGAUCAUUUCCUCGUCGUCCGACCAUGAGUCACAGGCACUGAGCAGUCAGCUGUGCGCUGCGCUCGCGAUGGAACCGGGCUCCAGGAGUCCACUGCCCGGUGUACACUGUGAUGAAAAUAUGGCAGCACAUCUGUCCUCCAUCGAGCUGCUGCACCAUGAUAUUACACCGUGCGCGAUGGCCGCAAUGUCGCAGCUGAAAAGCAUUCCCACGAAACCACCGCGCAAGCAAGCCGUUUCCUCGCCCGGGAACGUUCCGGCAUCCGGCGGUGGUACCGGUACCGAGUCUGAUCCAAAGCAUUCCAACGUGUCGACGGUGUUUAUUAAAAGCAAUGGGCAUAACGUGCAAUGCACCAGCCAGCCACCGACCUCAAACCAAACAAUCAUGAUACGGAACGUCACGCCGAACCUGGACGAUGGGCUGGAAGCACCGAAAGGCAAAGAGCUAGAUUACGAGUGCGUAAAGGACAUUACGGAUGCGUGGAAGCUGUACGGACUGAACGAUGUGAAGCACACGGAAGUGGUGGCAGACAGCGGCACAUCGGUCACACCCACCGUUGCCGGGCAUCAGGAACAUCACGUGCGGAUGGAGUACGAUCGGUUAGAUUUUUUCCGCACCUCGACGCGACACACCUCGGCCGACUAUAAAACGGUCGUACCGAUCCGGCUGUCCGGUGACACAGUACCCGCACCAACCGUUCCGGUGCAACCGUCGGAUGAUUAUGAAAUCAUAGGCGAUCCAUCACCGACACCGCCACCAGCAACAGCCGCCUCCCUGCCGGUAGCGAGUGUUCCACCGGCUGGCGGGCUGGUGGGAUACAAUUUAACGAGCGGUAUCGCUACCCUGCGAACCCGCAACCAGGACACCGAAGGGUUCGAGUAUUCAGUAUUCAGCGCUGACCAUCACCAGGACGAGCAACAGCUGCAUCAGCAGCAGCAGCAACGUAAUAUAAGUGCUACCAUUAACUAUGCCACGAUUAGCAAACCGAAACGGGUUUAACAACACCAAUGUGUGUGUAUGCGUGGAUGGGUAUUUUGUUUGUUUGAAUUUAACAAAAAUUCUCGCAAGGAAAAAAAAACGGGACCACAUCGACUUCCCUCGAUUCGGCUAAGCCUCCUCUUUUUUUUAUCCUAAGAGGGCUAGCUUUCGUAUUAUGUACUUCCCUAGUAAGAUUAUUCCACGGAAAAUUGUGAUAUGUUUUGUUUGUUUUUUUUUUUGGUUUUAAAAAAGCGAAAAUUUAAACACGUGCGCGAUGUGGACGGUGGAAGCGAUCGGUUAUAAUUCCCCAUCCAUCCCCAAAAAUACGUACGAUUUGGGGUGGUACAGCAUCUUUUGGUAUGUUUGUUUGUUUUUUUUUGUAAACAUUUACCAAUAACGUUAUCGAAAAAUGGCUGACGAAAAAAAAAAGGAACGUAAACUGAUAAAAGAAGAAACGAAAGCAAUAAUACCGCGCGCAGGCUAUUCCCGCCAGUAGUGUGGUAGGUGUGAGAAUCGGGUACCGUGAUUCAUACAACCGGUAUGCCAAUUUUGUUUUGUAAUGCAUUUGUACCAGAAUUGCAGUGCCAAGAACGAUAAAGGAACUUGCUCUUAUGAAAACAGCAUUACUAAAAACACGUAAUCGUUAGGAGAUAGGUAAAGAAAGAGCAAAAAAAAAAACCUUCACCAAGUGCCCGAACAGUAACAACGCAGUUAACUACAACGGUUUGUUUUUUUUUACAAGUAAGAACGACGAAUGUUUAAAAAAAAACGCAAACGAAGAAUACGCGUGUGCCAUAAGAUAAUUUUGGCAGUUUUUUUCGAAUACUUUUUUUCGUUACUUUUACACUUGCGCAACCGCCAUACUCCGGUUCCGGACUAUACUACUGACAACGAAAUAAAGAAAAACUCAAAAGAAUGGUUUGAAUCUAA